AUGGAAUACAUUUGUCCGCAAAUCGAACAGCUGAUAUCGUGUUACACGUGCGGCUCGCAAUCGCUGCCGCCGUUUCAGCUGUGCGAGGCCGCGCACGUCAACUGCCCGCCGUGCGCGAAAUACAUGGCGCGGUGCGCGUGCGGCGACGUGAUCACCGACGGGCCGCACGUGCUGUUGGACUGGACGGUGACCGCGCUGAAGUUCAGGUGCAAGCACUGCGGCGCGGCGGACGCCGGCGACGACGGCCGCCCCGCGAACCGGUGGUACGCGGUCCACGAGCUACACCGGCACUACCGGUCCGAGUGCACGCGGAACGCGUACCCGUGCCCGUGGGCCGGUUGCGACUACGUGGCCCGCGUCGAAACCGCGGCCGACCACUAUGACGCGGCGCACGGCCCGAUCGAUGUGCUGACGCCCACCGACCCGGACCGGUGGUACGAGGUCCAGUUCGCAAUAUCGCCGUAAGUAUUAACAUCCGUGCGUUCCCGAGUCAUCCGUCUACUGGCGUAGCGGACUAUUGUACGGCGGGUUGACAGGGAUUUAGGAACGCGUUCAAAGCGCUUGUUGGUUAGCACACGUGACCACAAUUGUUACUAUCUUGUCAACUUGUCCGUAUCUACUGUGAAGUAAGCGUUGACUCUGUAGAGUGAAGUCAGCGCGUCUAACGCCGUACAUACAAUGUACGCACACAAACACAAUCUCUGUGAAUAAACAGGAUUUACGUUUUUCUUUUAAAUACGUGUGCGCGUUAAUUACUUCUAACUUCUAAAAUAUUAACGCACACGCGAGAAGUACACUAGAAAGAUAAAUAAACGAAAAGCUAACUUAAUCGCUUAAUUGACUUUAUCGAAUAAUCAUAUCGGUAUCGAUACCGACGGGCGUUCCCGAGUAACUGACUUCUGAACCUGUAACCGAAUUUUCAGAAAACCUAAACGAUACUUAUAAAUAUUUAUGAAAAUAUAUUUUACACAAAUCAGUUCACUCUCCACGCGAAAUUAUGGUGAAAUUCGAAAAAAUAACGCGUUGUCCGAAAACUUGUCGGGAAACGUUCGGGAUUCACUUUUUUAAUUUCAAAAACGAAAUAAAUACGUAAUUUACGCCACCGAUUUGUUAGAAUCAACAUGCGUAUCGCGAUAUACGUAAUAUUGUGCAUAUCAAUUGUCAUUAGGUACUUUUUAAUUUAUAAUAAUUACGGACUAGUCCCCGAGGAUAUUUACGGUCGCGCUACUGCGAACCGGCAAACGAAUACUGUUAAAGUGCCUGUGUAUGAUGGCGGUUCAUUGCCGUCGAUCGAUUUGAAUAGCGCGUAAAUCAGUGAUAUUGCGAUAGUUUGCUGUUUUAGAUUCUGCGUGGAACGAGGGAAUGCACUGGUCUUAUAACGAUAUUUAUUUUUUUUUUCCGUAGACAACUUUUCUACCAGCAAUUUUGCUCGUAAACGAUGGUGCAUUUUCUAAAAGGAAAUCAGCUGACCGGGGAAUUAGGUGGCUAGGUACUUUUUUUAAAGAAGGUCAUUUUUUUUUUUUUUUUUUGAUUUUCCCCUAGAGUUUUCCUAACACGGUGAAAAACCGGGAUGAAACACGGGAAAACCGGCGAAUCGCAGGAAAACAGGGAAAUUCGGCACAACAUUAAACAAAUAUUAUUAAAUAAAAUGCAUGAAGCAUAUUUAAUUAUUAUUUUACUAUUAAUAAUAUGACAUAUUACAAAUUGUUGAUAAAGCAGCAUCAUUAUCAACUGAAAUUCGCUAAAAACCGUUUUUUCGUAAAGCGAUGGUUUAUUUCAUUGCUCACGGGUAUACAUUAAGUUACCUAUAGCAGUGGCUGCACCCGUCCCCGUUAUCAUAGGACGUCUUUUUUUUUUUUUCAACUCACUUUUCAGUUCUUCUAAAUCCUUACGGCAAACGUCAUAUUUUAAGUGAAUCGUCAACAAGAUAACAAAAUAAUACUAUAAUAUUUCAAAUCGGUUCACUACACGUUCGCCAAACCGAUUUCAUACACAAUGUAUAUGUUUGUCAUUUAGAAGUUUUACAGGCACGAUUAACUCUAAUCAAUCAAUAAAAAUUAUAAUUAUUUUAUAGAUAUUGGAAUAAAAAAGUUUAAUACACACGAACACAAAACUAAACACUCGAUACGCAUAACAAGAUACGCAUUCGUAGUAUAAAUAAGUCUCUAGAUUUUUGUUGCAGACAAAGAUGAACUUUAUCCGUUGAACGAUAAACAUACGAUAAGACGAAUUAUUUAUGGAAUUGUCACAUGCAACAGUAUUAUAAUAUACUCUUAUAUUUGUUUAUGUUGUUGUGCAUAGUUAACGAAUAUUUACCACCGAUAAUAAUAUUUUUAGUUAUAACAGUUAACGUUUUGAGGACACGGUAUUUUUGUACAUUUAAGUCAACGUAUCUCAUCAACAGUAGAAGAUAUUAAAAACUUGUUGAAUUAUAAUUUAUAGACAAUUUUGUUAUGUUUGAAACAUAUAGCAUAAAUAAUUUCGAUUUACCGAACGGUUUGUCAAAUAUUUGAAGAAACAUAAAAAAAUUCUCAUAAAUAUUGCAAAAUUGAACUUAUUCAAACUUCAAGUUUCAUUCGGCACGAGUUAACCUUGUUUGAUUAACUCAAAAUUGUUCGUUUUUAUAUGCAUACAUACACACGUUUUUAGGGGGCGAGUCUAAAAAUGUUGAUAAAUAAUUUGAAUGGUUUAUUUAAUUUAAUUUAAUUAGAAGAUUGUUCAACCGUCUGGCAGUGACAACUGUUGUAUUAAAUUACGAUAAUCAAUAUAAGUUUCAAGAAGUUCAGAUAUAAGAAAUUGAUAGAAAUCCUAUGAUUUUCAUAAAUUUCUUUUGAUUAGUUGGUUAUAAAUUUAAGAGACUUGAAACCCGAUAUGAUACAUUUAAAAAUAGCCGGAUACAAAUAGACAAUCAAUCAAUUGUUUUCAAUCAGUUCGAUAACGUAAUAUAAUUUUUAAAUACUGAACGCUGUACUAUAUAAGUUAAAUCGCUGAAUCGUUAAAUCUACGGUUUAUCUCGUAUCGUUUGCUCUGAAAUCGAUGAAAUACAACCUAAUGCGUUUUAUAUGAUGCGUUGUCCUCUUUUUUAAUGAAUUUUAGUGUGUUGAAAUUCCGGCAGCACUUUUAUUGCUAUUUUAUUUUAUAUACAUCGUUGUUAAAUUAAUAAAUAAUAUUUCGUUGACCGUUGUAUUUACCAGGGGGGUUGGAAUUCCAGGGGGGGGGAGGGUAGGGAAAUUCGCUCCCCUGGAAUGUAUUCGAAACCGAUUUGUUUUAAAACCGUUUCACGCCACCGUACGAACGUACUUAGCGGGACGUUCCGUAAACCGGUUACGUUCGCCGUAUACACGGUCGUGGGCAUUGCGGAAAAUCCUGCGGGAAUGCGUUUCCGAGGCGUUAAUUAUGAAGACUACGACAACGGACGGUGACUAUAACAAUAAUGUGUUUUCUGCACAGUAUGCCGGCCGAAUUCGUUAAAAAAAUAUUCAACGGCUAUUUUAUGUUCACCGUGAAGUAUCCGUCGUCGCACCGCCGCAGAAACCGAGACUCGAAUCCGUGUAUCACCAUGCGUAACAUCAAUCCGGCGGACCAAUUGCAGUACACGCACGACUGGGAGUUGUACACGAACGGAAACGUCAUCACGGUCACUGUGUCGAUGACCACAGGGCUCGACGACAACUCAUGA